GUGCAUUUGCGCGUUGCUCCUCAUGUCGGUGCAACCAACUCCCAGAAGUCUAGCUGGCAGUGGAUCUCUAGAUGCUUCCAAUGUGGCAGAGCUUGCUGGACGUGUUUUCGAGGUCCUGGCCAAUGGUCAAGAGACCAUCGGAAUACAGGACUUCAAAAGAACUGCAAAGCAUUUAGCUCAGUUGUCUGAAGAUUACACCGCAGAUCCAGACGAUGCCUUCAACAGAAUCGAUCUCAACAGCGAUCACCGGAUCGACCGCUCCGAAUUUGAACAGGAGAUCAAUGAAAUCCGAGGCCUGUUGGGCACCAGGAAGUUGGCAGCUGCACUUGCCCAAGUUCAGCAAGACUGUCAAAUUCGACAGUCCUUUGCCGAUGCCGAGCCAACUCAUAGAUCUGAAGCUAGGGAAGAGGACUUAGGAGCUAGAACACAAGUUCUUGAGCAGAUGGUGGAUUACUUUUCCACCUUGAGGGAUGACUAUAGUUCCCUUUUAGACGAGCUGAAGCAAAAACAAGAGCUCCAAGCGCAGGGAAAGACCCGACCACCGCCACGCGCUAGGAUAUUUGGAGGCCGGAAACCUAAACCCAAGGCUCCAAAUUUUCCAGCUGGGAAUGUUGGAGAUGAAAUGAAGGAACUGACGGCCACUUUGGAAAAAGCCGCUCUUCAGCUGGAAACCACUUUGACGAGGAAGGUCUCGACUGAUCAUGUUGAAGCUCCAACUCCAGAGGUGGAAGAUCCAGAUGCAGAGGAGGCUGAAGGGGCCGAAGAUCCUGAAGAUCCUGAAGAUCCUGAAGAUGCUGAAGAGGAUGAGCAGGAUGAGCAGGAUGAGCAGGAUGAAGAUGAGGAUGAAGAGGACGAAGAGGAUGAAGUUGAGGAACUCGAAGAUGAGGACCUUGACGAAGACGAGGAACCUGAGGAACUGGACGAAGAGCAGGAGCGCGGCAAAGCUGGAGCUGAGGUCCCUGACAGGACAGAGGAUGCAGACGAUGCACCUGAUGCCGGUCUGGGUGGAACCCUUCGUCUCGAAGAUCCAGUUUUUGAAGACCCAGCCGUGGAGACGAAGCCUUUGGAAGAUGAAGCGCCUCAACCCGAAGAGCAGCCAGCAGCUUCAGAGCUUCCAAGGGCAGAAACUGAAAUCCCAGCAGAAACUCAACCAGCAAAAGCCAAGGGGAAGGCCAAAAAGAAGGCCAAGGCAAAGACCAAGAAGACUGAACAGGCUCCAAAGAAAGCUGCCAAAGUUGCUCCAGCCGUGGGCGUGCCGCCCAAGACGACAACGGCAGAGAUUCCUGCGGUAUCCCCCGCGGAGCGGCCCAAGGCCACAGCAAAGUCCAAGCAGCGGCCCGUGGAAGAGGAGGGCAUGUCUUGCGUGCAAACUCUGGAAAUGGGCUUGGCUGUGCGCAAUGCAAUUUGCAUCGGUAUGGAAGUGUGGACGGUGGAUUGGGCUGGCAAUGUGACUGUCCGAGAAAGGGAUGAUGCCACAAAGGUCAGAUGUGAGAUUCCAACCAACCGCUUUGUCUGGAGCAUGCUCCACAUGGAACCUCACUUGAUGUGGAUGGGCCAGGAAGCGAUGGGCAUCUCCCUCUUUGACACGAAACGGAAAGAAUUCAAGGGCUCCCUGCUGGGUGGCCACACAGGUGGUGUCACGUGCCUUGCUUCUGGAGAUGCUUUGGAUGGACCUGAAAUCGAGAAGGGAGCCAUCCCCAGAAGAAGAGCCUGGAGUGGUAGCAAUGACUUCACGAUUCGUCAGUGGUCCAUUGAAACCUGGCACAUCAAAGACAAAGAUUCCGCAUCAACAGCGAAAGAUGCUUUCGUCUUUGACCUAGGGAAGUUCCGGGUGGCGAUUUCGAAAGGUUUGCAAAUGCACGGCCACAAGAACGGCGUGCGCUGCUUGAUUCGCAUCGGUCCAACGCUUUGGUCAGGGGCUGACGAUGGAAGCAUCCGGCUUUGGUGCACAGUCACAGGAAACUGCAACGAGGUAGUGGAGAAGGCGCACGCUGGCUCAGUGCUGAAGUUGGCGGUGGUGCGAUCCUUCAUUUGGUCGUCUGGCUCUGAUGGAUUCAUCCGGGAGUGGACCUUGGGCGGCUCGGAACGGCAGUGCGUGCGCGAAGUGGCCCCUGUGGGCUUCGACAAGGGAGCCUACAACAUAGUUCCCUUGGGACAUGAUGUGUGGACCUGUGGACACCAUCCGAACAUUCAAGUCUUUUCUCAAGCCGAUUUCUUCAAGACUGCUGAGCAUCCAGCCCAUGAGCCCUACGUCUCCAAUCUGCUGACAGUGGACCGGGUGGAGACCAAAAUCGUUUGGUCCACUUCUAUAGGCGACAAGAAGCUAAAGGUGUGGCGGCACACCAUCCGGGGCUCCGUGCCACAGGUGGAUGAGUUGAAGGCAGCGAACCGUUUGUUCGAAGAAGAGGAGGAGGUGAGAGCCAAACGACUGGAUGAUUUUGUCAAGAGAACUGCGAUGCUGGAGGAUGCACUGGCAGUUUCAACUGAAGAAUACAAGAACCAGCUGAAGGAGAUGGGCAACAUGUUGGCGGCAUCAAAGACAGACGCUGAAGAGCUCAGGGCCAAGUGUAGAGCGCUUGAGGAUGAGCUGGACGGCAUUCGAAAGCUCUUUGAAGACAUGGGAUUAGGAAAGCUGAUGGAAGAUCCAGAGGCACUCGCCAAAUUCCUGCGGAGAGCACAGUCGAUUGAAAAGAUCUUCAAAGACUUGGGCUUGGAGCAUUUCCUGGACCAUCCCGAGGAGCUGCGAAAAGUCCUGGAGGCAUUUGCAGACCUCGGCUUGGACCAUCUGCUUCGGCAUCCAGAGGAGCUGAAACUGUUCCUCAGCUCAGCCAAAGAGCUGAGGGAGAUGCUGGAGGCAGCGGGCUUUGGAGAUGUCUUCAAUGAUCCCUCCAAGUUGGAGGAACUCAGAAAGCAGUUGGAUCUCCUGAGACAGGUGCGGGAGCUCUUCGAAAAACAUGGCCUUGGCGAUGCCUUCAAGGAUCCCUCCUUGCUGGCUGAAAUCUUGUCCCGCUAUGAGGGCCUGCGAAAAGCUUUCGAAGAAUAUGGCUUCUCAGAGCUGUUUGAGGACCCCUACAAUCUGAAAGGUUUCCUGCGGAACUAUGCAAAGCUUCGCCAGGCCUUCAAGGAUUUGGGUUUGGAGUACCUUUUGGACAGUGCAGCUGCCAUGAAGGACUUCCUGGCAGGACACACCUCCGAAGAGCAGGAGCUCCUAGACCUUCGGGCCAAAGCUUCCAGGCUUGAGGAGGUUGAAGAGAGGCUCAGAAGAAGAGAGGAGGAGUUGGCCAGGGUGAAGGAAGAGGCAAAGAGCUUGCGAGAACGGCUCUCUGCUUUUGAAGCAGUUGGUGACCUGGACUCCAUGAAAAGGUGGAAGAGCGAAGCCCAACAGCUUGUGGCACUGCUGCGUGCCAAGGGCAAUGCAGACGGGGAGCUGGCUGAGCUGCGGAGAGAGCUAGAAGAGAAGGAGAGGGAGAGGCAAGAGGCCCUUGAGAGGGAGCGGCUUAUGGCGAUCAGGUACAAGGAGCUGGACAUUUUCAAGCUUGACAUUAUUGCGCGGGAGUUGAAAGCCUUGGACAACGAGCUGGGGCUAGUUGGCAAGGAGGCCAAGUUCCUUCAGCAGAGUGCUGGGCGCCUGAAAGACUUCGGGGAGCAGCAGCAAAUUCAUCAGCAUGGGAGCAAAAUGUUAGACCAGUGUGUGCAGCUUCGAUCCCAUAUCCGAGACGUCAUCAACAAAUGCCUCUCGGAGACGCAGAAGCUUCACAUCGGUGCUGCUACAGAUGAUCCCACAGCUGCAGGAGAGCUCAAAGAUGGAGGAGUGAUGUCUGGAUGGGUCUGUGAAUCUGUGGAUGCCCCUGACUAUGGUUCCUCCAAAGCUGCGCGGCUUCGCCAUGCGGACUGCUGGGGGGAUGACAUG